AUGUGUGGGUUGACGACAUGCAGCUCUUUCUUCGGUGUGACUCUAAGGACGGAGUAUCCCUUUUCGAUCACACGUCCGGUGUCUCUCCUGCACCUGCUGCCACUGCUGACAGUACGGUUCGCUCGCAGUGGACCACUCGUGAUGCUGUUGCUCGCCCAGCUGUUCGUAGUCACCUGCCGUCUGCUGAGCGCGGCGCACUUUGGCCAGUACAAGACUGCUAAGUCUUUGUAUGACGCUGUCGUAGCGCGCUACUCCUCCCCUGCCACUGCUGCCCUCAGCCGCCUCAUGCUUCCGUACCUGUUCCCUGACCUUGCCGCCUUUGCUACAGUCGCUGACCUCAUUACUCACCUCCGCACUAGUGACGCCCGCUACCGCGCUGCGCUUCCCACUGAGUUCUUCAGGGACCACUUUCUCUCCCUUUGCCCCACCGAGCUCACCGUCGACCUGCUAGAGGAGCGCCUCACUGCAGCUGAGAAGAGUAUCGUUGCUGUAGGUGCUUCUCGCGGCGACCCUCGUGCCCCUUUCUUUGAGGGGUGUUCCCCUGUCCCCCUUCUCCCCUCUGUUGCUUCUGCUGGUGCUGUCGACCUCGUUGGCACUGAGGAGGUCGGGGCUGCGUCUGCUCCUAGUGGGAGGCGCCGCAACAGCAAGGGCAAGGGGGGCAAGGGUGGUGGAGGGGACGGUGGGGGCGGCGGUGGAGGCGGUGGAGGAGGCGGAGGGGGUGGCGGUGGAGGUGGGGGUGGUGGUGGGAGUAGGGGCUUCGGUGGCGACGGUGGGGGUGGUGGAGGCAGCGGCAGCGGCGGUGGAGCGGCAGCGGUGGUGGAGGUGGUGGCGGCGGUGGUGCUGGUCGAGGUGGAGCCGCACAGCGUGGAGGCUUUGGUGGUAGCCAGCGCCAGCAGCAGCCGCGUUCCCGUGAGACCCCGUCGGCCUAGCAGCUUCGUGAGUGGUACGCUGGGCGUGGGAGGUCUGGGGGUGCUGUUUCCUGACGAUGUUGAGCUCCCUCGCUGGGGUGAUCUGCUUAAGCAGAAUGUGGCUAUCUUUGAUCUUGAUUUCGAUGCUAUCCUUGCUGCCAUGUAUGCUGUGACUGAUAGUGCUGAGGGUGACUGUUACCUGUGUGUACCGCCCGACCCGGGCAUUGAGGCUGCUGCUCUAGGUGCUAGUGAGUCUGCUGCUCCAGGUGCUGGUGAGUCUGCUCUCUUUGGUACUGCACCUACUGAGGCCUUGCACACUUUCACACUUGACUGCGGUGCUUCGCGCUCUUUCUUUCGCGAUAGCACCACACUCACGCCGCUCAAUCGGCCGGUCGCAGUCUCCCUGGCUGACCCCUCUGGGGGUCCAGUCCUUGCUCACUCCUCCACGGUUUUACCGUGUCCUGCAGCCCCGUCAGGCUUGCUGUCGGGACUCCACCUCCCCUCGUUCUCUACGAACCUGGUGAGUGGAGCUGACCUCCAGGACGUGUGGGUUGACCAGUUCACCCCUGGAGGUCAGCGUGUGACCCACUGCACUUGCUCUCGGACGGGCCGCCACCUGGCCACGUUCACCCGUCGGCCUGGGUCGAGUCUGUACACACUGACUACUGCGUCUCCUCCGGUUGCUGCGUCUGGUCAGGUAGCCGCGUCUGGUCAGGUAUUUGCUGCUGCGUCCAGGUCUAGUCCGGCGUCUGCCCCCUGCUCGUGUCGUCCUCUGUCACACCAGACUCUCCUUUGGCACCACCGCCUUGGUCACCCCUCCCUGCCUCGUCUUCGAGGUAUGGCCUCCCGUACCCUUGUCUCUGGUCUCCCCCGGUCCCUCCCUCCCCUUCCUCCGGGGCCUGCGCCUACCUGUGUUCCUUGUGUCGAGGGCCGGCAGCACGCCGCUCCUCACUCCUCCGAGUUCCCUCCGACAGAGGCUCCCCUGCAGACUCUCCACAUGGACGUGUGGGGCCCAGCCUGUGUCCGUGGACAGGGUCACGAGCGUUACUUCCUACUGGUCGUUGACGACUACUCGUGUUACACCACAGUCUUCCCCUUGCGCCGCAAGGGUGAGGUCACUGAGGUGUUGAUCGACUGGAUCCGCGGUGCCCAUCGCCAGCUCAGCGAGAGUUUCGGCUCGGACCUUCCUGUUCUGCGUCUGCACUCAGACAGAGGUGGUGAGUUUUCCUCCGACCUUCUGAGGGCUUUCUAUCGUGCGGAGGGAAUCCGCCAGACGUUCACGCUUCCGGCCUCCCCACAGCAAAAUGGGAUUGCUGAGCGCCGCAUUGGCAUGGUCGUGGACGUCGCUCGUACGUCCAUGAUCCAUGCGGCUGCUCCCCAUUUUCUGUGGCCGUUCGCGGUUCAGUACUUUGCGCAUCAGAUCAACCUUUAG